AUGGAUACGAAAAAUAAUCCAAUGCGGAUUCUCCCGUUGGCAGCUGGCCUGACGGUCAUUGUAUACAUCGCCAUAGAAAUCUGGCGUUUCUUCGUCCGUCGUCAGUUCGCUCGUUGUCACGGUUGCCGGCCGGUGGCCAGAUCCUCGAAUAAGGAUCCCUUUCUAGGGCUCGAUGUCAUCCACAGAAGCAUCCGCAACUCUAGGAAGCACAAAGCUCUUGAAAGGAGUUGUGAGCGCUUUCAUAAACUCGGGAAUACAUUUAAACUUAGAGUGUUUUUCACCCCCAUAAUUUCCACCGUGGAACCCGAGAAUAUCAAGUCCGUCCUUGCAAUCAAUUUCAAGGAUUAUGGAAUCAUUCACCGUCUCAAAGUUCUAGAGCCACUUUUAGGGAAAGGAAUCUUUGAUACUGAUGGCGACCACUGGGCCAGAUCGCGAGCCUUGAUCCGACCCAAUUUUGCUCGCGAUCAGGUAGCGGACUUGACAAUGUUUGAAGAUUUGAUACCGGACCUAUUUGCAUUGAUUCCACGUGAUGGGAAGACGACUGUAGAUUUGCAAAGUCUCUUCUUCCGCUAUACCACGGAUUCUGCUACUGAUUUCCUUUUUGGAGAAUCAGUUGGUAGUCUUAGGAAAUCGCAGUCAGAGUUCGGUUUCAGCAGCGCAUUUGACUACGCUUUGAAGGCUGUUGCGGAGCGAGGUAGGCUGGGGCCACUAGGCGCCUUUUACUAUGAUCGAAAAGCGGAUGAAUGCAAUCGCAUAUGUCGAGAGUUUGCGCUGCAGUUUGUCGAAAAGGCAGUCCUUGUGGUCCAGUCAGAUAGGAAAGUCGGAGAGCAAGAAAACCCCAGAAUGAAGGGCCAGAAAUAUAUUUUCUUGCACGAGUUAGCAUCACGCACAUCUGAUAAGCGCCGUAUUUUGGAUGAGCUCAUGAAUGUGAUGAUUGCUGGGCGCGAUACCACAGCCAGCCUUCUGAGCAACAUGUUUUUCAUGCUGGCUAAGUACCCAGCGAUAUGGGCAAAGCUGAGAGCAGAGGUAGCUGGCUUGGAGGGUCAGCUACCCACCUAUAGCGAGCUACGGAACCUCAAAUAUGUCAAAUUCUGUAUCAAUGAAUCAUUGCGUCUUCAUCCUGUCGUACCAGUGAACGACCGCAUAGCACUGCGAGACACUGUCCUUCCGGUAGGAGGUGGAAGGGAUGGCCUAUCCCCAGUCUUUGUCCGCAAGGGCACCAUAGUGAGUUAUAAUGUAUAUGCAAUGCACAGACGCACAGAAUUCUACGGCCCCGACGCAGAAGUAUUCCGCCCAGAACGUUGGGAAGACGGGCAACUUCAGCCUCAUUGGGGGUAUUUACCCUUCAACGGUGGGCCGCGCAUCUGCUUGGGCCAGCAGUAUGCAUUGACCGAGGCCGCGUACGUUACAGUCCGCAUGGCCCAGGAAUUUCGGUUUUUGGAGAGUCGAGACACAGGGCCAUGGGAGGAAUCGUUAACGUUGACCCUCAGCUCCCUGAAUGGAACGAAGUCGUAUUACAUAGUAUAG